CCAGAGAAUGGCAGAGGAAGGCAGAUGCUCGGGAUGAAAUCAUGCUGCGUGUAUAGUCCAUCACUGAUUGACAGCGGUUAUUGGGGCACAAGAUUCCUGUGUGCAUAAGGCCCUUAGCAACAAUUCUCUGUUCUUAUCAAGUCCUGCUGUGGUGUCAUUUUUGAAGCCAGCAUGCGCCUCACUAGGAAGCUGUGUGCCGCUCUGGUGGUGAUUGUGCCCCUAUCCCUUCUCUGCUUUCACAUCUUUACCAAGCCUUCCAGUGUAGUGAAUGUCUGGAACCGGGAAGCACCCAAAGAUCUGCUGGACCCCAGUGUAUUUCAGCCAUCUGAGAAACUGUCUCACAUACCAUUCAAGUGGAAAGAAGAUGUAUUGCAGUUGCUUCCAAAGAACAGUUGCAAAUGUGAGGCCGAAGCCACUCUGAACGUUCCUUUCAGACAGGAGCUUUUUGGAAAGCCCUACGCAGUAGAAUUUGCUUCAUCUAUUGACGAAUCCCAGCUUGAUGAAACCAAAAAACGGAGAGAGCAGGAAUACAAGAAAUAUAAUAUAAGGUAUCACAAUCCAACAGACAGGCUUAUCAUUGCAAAGGCCAACUCUCCGCUGCAGUAUCCUACACAGGGGGUUGAAGUCCAUCCGCUUAAGACAAUAAUUAUACCAGGGCUCAGUCUCCAAGAUUUCCUUAAAAAAGUUUACAAGGUGACCUUAUCAGCCACUAUGGGAACAUUUAACACUGCUGCCGAAGUUGAGGGGGUAACCAUUAAAGGAGCCGGAGAAAGGCGCAUAACACUAUCCAGCCCUAACUUGGACAACCUGAACCGCCAACUCCAGUUUAUUUCAUACACCAACACCAUUUUUAAUCCAAAUACAGCUGACAUUGUAAAAUUUCAGACAGAUGAACAUUCAGCUACUUUUAACAUCAAAAUUCGCCAUCCUAGAGUUCCCAAGUUGUAUGACUCUGGAUCAAGUAACUCCAAAUACAAUAUCAGCUCGCUGGUCACCAUAGCUACAAAAACUUUCCUUCGCUAUGACAAGCUACAGAAUUUAAUAGAUAGCAUUAGAAAGUAUUACCCGACGGUCACCAUUAUCAUCGCGGAUGACAGCGAGAAACCGCAGAAGGUUGAGGGACCCUUUAUUGAGCAAUAUAUUAUGCCUUAUGGAAAGGGCUGGUUUGCUGGCAGGAAUUUAGCCAUCUCUCAAGUCACCACAAAAUAUUUCUUGUGGGUUGAUGAUGAUUUUAUAUUUAGCCCCCGCACAAAAAUUGAGAAGCUUGUCGACAUUUUGGAGAAAACAACUCUGGAUUUGGUAGGUGGUGCUGUAAGAGAAAUAACUGGCUAUUAUACCACAUAUCGCCAGAUGAUUAGUGUAUUUCCCGGAGGCAAAGAAGGGGAUUGCUUAAUGACACGCCAAGGCUACCAUCAUGCCAUAGAAGGCUUCCCUAACUGUGUGGUCACUGAUGGAGUUGUAAACUUUUUCCUAGCAAGAACAGAAAAGGCUCUGCAAGUCGGUUUUGACCCUCGUUUGUCUAGAAUAGGACAUCUUGAAUUCUUUGUGGAUGGGCUCGGCAUAUUGCAUAUUGGUUCCUGUGAUGAUGUCAUUGUAGAUCAUGCCUCAAAAAUCCACUUACCCUGGUCUAAGACAGAAACAGACAAGGAAUAUGCGAAGUUCCGGUACCCCAAAUCCUCUGACAACAGUCAAAAUGUCAAUCAUAUUUUGUUUUAUUUUAAAAACCGGUUUAAAUGCAUGACUGGUAACUGAUGAAGAAUGUUAAGUAAAGAAUGUGAGGGUAGAAUGAGACCCAUGAAAAUGACCCCUCACAUUGCGGUGCACAACAAGAAAGCUUCAACAUCAGUGCUUAAUAUGGCAGGCAGGUCCUGUGGUAUGUUCUGCUGCAAUGAAACCUGGAAUGCGUUGCAACAGCAUCUCUGUGACAACAAUCACAACUGUGAAGACUGUGAGAAAUAAAGGUCAGAUCUCUCUUGAUCUUUGCCAUACAAUUCUGUGAAGCUGUAUUAGCAGGACUAAUACCUGCAGAUAUAAUGGGACCAGCGUAAUGGUGUGCGUGUUUUUAAAAGCAUCCUGUUCUCUUCUACCCUAAGUAAACAUUGUUCAUGGAAGUGUACCAAAGAAGGGCAGUGACUGGAUUGGGAAACGUGUAAUGACAAUGCAACUAUUUUGUAACACAACUACUAAAAAAGGGACCACAACAAUCCCUUGGGUGAAGAAGCCAUCCUACUUAAAUGUAUGUUUCAGGUGAAACUGAUACUAAACUACUGAUCAAGAACAUGGAACCAAAAGGCUAUAGAAGUUUACAGUCCCGAUAUUUAUAGUGCUGUGGGCAUCUUCUUAUCCCAUUCAUUGGAUCUGCCAAGAAAGUUGACCAGCAGUUUCCUAAGAGCCAACUUCAAAUUAGAGCCAAGGAUACCAAGAAAGAAUUGCCUCAGAACUCUCAUUGUCUACAACCUACAUUAGCUCCAAAGCCUCAUUUUUUUCAAUGUCUGUGUCCCUGUAAUUUAUAAGUGGCGUUUCCGUUUCAAAGAUCACCGAACACAUCAAUGCUGCUACCAACACAAGUGGUACUUUUAGUUUCCUUUUAUCAAGCAAAUCACUUGUGUGUUCUUCUUGAAUAUUUUUUCAGUACUGUGCUGUAGAUAUUACAUAAAUAUUUAUUGAGACUUGCCCUUAAUUGUACCAUCUCCCUCCUUAGGGUGACAAUAGUGAACUCUCCUAUAUUCCUCUCAAAAUAGCCCCACACACAAUAGUGUCAGCUCUGAGCCUCCACAAUAAUGUGAAACAGGUUUCAUGUUUAAAAAGAGCCAAGAGCCAUACUGCUUCCACUGUAAUAACUACUUUCACAAUAACUAUUAAUGCUGUUAUGUAUACAUAUAUAUAUGCAGUCACACAUAGCUAGCACUCACGUAAAAUUCUAUAUAUGUGGCCUGGGUGCAGUCCAAAAACGUGAAUAUUCAGUACAUAGUGAGGGUCCUGAGUUGUGUGGACCCUCACUACGUACUAUAUAUAUGUGUGUGUGUAUGUGUGUGUGUUUUGUAACAAAACUAGAGGAGGGAAGAGAUCUAAAAACAGCCACACACAGGCUAACUUUUAGGUUAUUCAGCCAACUGACUCAUGUGCCAAACAGUUGAAUGCUACCAGAUAUGGCCACACUUGUACAUGGCCGGAGUGCACUGAUAUGCAUAGUGCUUGCCCUGAUGGUUUGAACAAGCAGAACAUAAAGGAAGGGGGGGGUCUGUCCUGUCACUGAUGGGAGGUACUGCCAAGCUGAAUGGGAUCCUAUGGGAUAGCAGCAUGAGCUGUUUCCCAUCACAAGAGGGGCCCGUGCUUAAAGUAAUGGCAAUAAGGCUGAAAUCAGCAAAACUUUCCCAAUCAUACGUUUGACCACCUUAAUGCUAUGUACACAAAGUGCAUAGUCUAAUGCAGUUACAUAUAUUUGUUAUUAUCUUUCAAAUUGGAGUUUACAGUGUCUUAUUGCUGGGAUACUACAGGUGUGUUUUGUGUCUUCAUAAAUCACAAUGCUAACUAUUAUGUAUACCCAACACAAAAUUAUCAACAUGUACACAUUUAUGAUUGCACCAUGGACAUUAUGAUCUGUAGUAUAAGAAGGUUUUACUGUUCUGAUGUUGCUCUGUUGAGAUACAGAACAGGUCUCAAUGAACAGGAUUCAAUGAAGGAUUCUGCUGGAGAAGCUCUAUUACCUGAUGUGUUUUGAAAAAAAGAUGUUUUCCUAUGAAAGACCUCGUUUGGCAAGCUUGCCAUGGUACUAGUUUAAUCGUAUGCCAGUAAGUGUGAAAGCAAAGCAAUGCUCCGUUACUGUUUUAUAAUACAAAUAAGAAAUAUGCAUUUUCCGUUAAAAGAAAAGGCAGAAUAUAUUUUCAGCAUAAUGUGUAUAUACCCACAGGAUCCACAGGUAAUACUAAUGGGUCAGGUGGGUUCAGGCUGGCACAACACUUAGCCCAGGUAGCUAAUACUUUGGGUAUCAGAUACAAACCUAUGAAGGCUUGCAUGCAUUUAUGCCAUUAUAUACAGUAUAUAGUGGUAAUAUGUAUAGACAAGCAACGUCUCCCUGAGUGUGUCACCAUAAUUCUUUAUAUAAGUUAUGUACACAGUGUUAUUAGACAGGGACAGUGGCACAGUGGCAUGGCAAGUUACAGGGCCGGCCUUAGGCAAAUUGGACCUAUUAGGCCCAACAGGGCUCCGCUCCAAUAGGGGCCCCGCACUAGCAGGAAUAAGCACACAAAGCUGUCCAACCUGACCCCAACAAUGAUUGCCUGAUAAUGCUGCUACGUGUUCUGGGAUAUUAAACAUAAAGUGGGCACUGCAUUCAUAAUGUUACCCCAGGGUACACACUGUCUGACUGCUUGGGGGGCCAAUAAUCACACUGUAUAUAGUAUGCUUGGUGUCAGUGCCCAGUGCUUGGGGCCACUUAGGCCUGGAACCCUGUGCCAGCUGGCAACACCUUGGGGCAAAUGUAUCAAAAUGCGAGUUUAGAGUUUAAUACAUAAAAACUCACCCACGUUCUAUUCAUUCCUAUGGGAUUUUAAGAGGUGUAUUUAUCAAUGGGUGAAAGUUAGAACUCACCAUUUGAUAAAUACACUUUUAAAAAUCCCAUAGGAAUGAAUAGAACGUGGGUGAGUUUUUAUGUAUAAAACUCUAAACUCACAUUUUGAUAAAUUUGCCCCCUUGUGUAGGGGGCCUGCCAAAAUGGUUCCAAUUGGGCCCUGCAGUUUAUAAAACUGUCCCUGGCAAGUUAAAACCACAUCCUAUUCAUGGCUCCAAUUCUUUCACCUUUAGGUCAGUGUCCCGCUGCUCUAUCUGCUCUUACCGUCUACCAGGUAUGUGUAAUAAAGGAUAUAGGCUGAUGUUCUCUUGAAUACUGAUGGAAUGCUGCUUCCAUUUCUUUCCAUCUCUAUGGAUUUUCUUCUUCAAACCUCAUGCUUGACAGUAGGUCAUCAAUGUGUGAGUGUAAGGCUAAUGCCACACCAUGCGUAUGGCCGAGAAACGCUUGCAUCAUACGCUCCAACCUGUGCCUGCACCUGAAUGAAUGAGAUACGCUCAGGCGCAGACACAUGUAGCCAAAAUCCGCAUAAAAACGCGAGAGAAUGCAAUGUCUCGCGUUUUUAUGCGUAUUUCAGCUACAUGUGCCUGUACCCAAGCGUAUUCCAUUCGUUUGGGUGCAGGCACAGAUAGGAGUGUAUGGCAUGUAUUUUCCGCAAGCGUUUUUCAGCUUGCCGAAAAUAUACGCAAUACACAUGGUGUAGCAUGUAUGUAUGUAUGUAUAACUUUAUAAAGUGCCACAAGGGUAUGCAGCACUGUACAAUCUUACAAUAUACAGAAUUACACACAGACAAGUGUUAUAAUAAAUACAAUAAAUAUGUAUAAAUACGAAGGGAAUAAGUGCCAUGUGGUAUGAGACACAGUAGGAAGGAGGUUGCUGCCCCAUAGAGCUUAUAAUCUAAGUGGCAUUAGCCUAAAGUCUACAUGUAACUGAACAUAAACACACCCAGCAGCCUGUGGCUUGGGGAAAGGCUACACACCAGCGCCACAGGCUAAUGCCCCACCAGUCUCUUUAUCUCUGAGUUGAAACCUUAAUGCCCCACCAGUGCUGCCCAGGGACUGCAUGUACACACUGUAUAUGGAACCACCAUUGCACAGGAAGUUAUAAAGGAUGUGUUUUUGUAAUGUGAAAAAAAAUGUUUUAUCUGCAAAAACUAAAUGCACUGGGAAGUAAAAAUAUCAUUAUUUAAAUUGUUUCUUUUAAUAUCAUUAAUGUGUACUUUGUUUUAUUUUUUUAUUUAAUUUAUUACAAGUCAUUUUUGUUGACUUUUACAAGAAAAAAAAGUACCCAAAUAUGUAAAUAUAUAUAUAUAUAUCAAUUUUUUUUACUUUUUGUCGAUCUGCUGGUUUCCCUUGAAUUUUGCAUUAAAUUCAUUUGGGUGCAUAAAGGUCUUGUGCAUGAUCAUUUCCAUCAUGCAAAUACCCCUUCCUGAUCCGUCCAGUAUCACAAAUUACAGAUUUGCUGUGUUUCUUUUUUUCGUACAAGCUGGAAAUUUGGAACAACUGUCUUCUGUAAUUUUUAAAAAAUUCUGUCCCGUGUAAAAUAAAAUAAAAAAUAUAUAUGUGUAUAUAUGCCAAAUAUA